CGUUAAACAUGGCUUCAUCGUCUAAGCGUGCGCGUGUGAACCUUGUCUCCGCUGAAAUUAUGUUGGAGAAGAUCUUUAAUGAUGAAAACUCCGCUGAUGGGAUGGACAGUGGAGAAGAAAGUGAUCUGGACCGACAGCUAGAAAAUGAGAGUGGGGAAUCGAGUUUUAGCGAGGGAGAAGUUGAAGAUGACGAGCGGCCGGAGGAGGCUAGCACUUCCACUAAGGAACCCAUGGCUCCUGUUGCUGGCCCCUCUGCUACUUCUACUGCUGCCUGUCCAAUUCCCCCUCUCAAUUCUGCCACUCCUCUUGGUCCUGGAAGAUUCCAUGGUGCUGGUGCUGUUGGUGUUCCUGCUUCUCAAGAUUGUGGUGUUCCUGCCACUCGAGGUCGUUCAAGUGGUUCGGCUGGCCGUAGGAGUGUGCGUGGUCGCACUCGUACUCCUGCUCGUGCCCCUUUCAAAUCUUAUAAUGAUCAUGAUGUAAGCAAUCCCAUUCCUCCUUUUACUCCUUCAAGGCCAGCUGGAAUCCAUUUUGAGCGGCCUCAACUCAGGAGCACCAUGAAAAAGGCGGUAGAGUUUUUUAACCUAUUUUUUACAAUUGAAAUGAUAAACAAUAUAGUUGCACAUACAAAUAGUUAUGCUUGGGAGCAUAUAUUUUCUGGGUCCCAUCAGAGUUAUACAAGCCCUGAUGGUAGUUGGAAAGAGACCACAGCUGAUGAAAUAAAGCGGCUGAUUGCUCUUAUCAUUUAUAUGGGGCUUGUUAAGAUUGGUGAUGUUGACAAGUAUUGGAGCAUAAAGACCCUAUUUCAUGGUCUCUGGGCAAGAGCAAUCAUGUCUAGAACCAGAUUCAAAGCCCUAAUGGCCAUGUUGCAUGUGGUAGAUCCCGCUAAAGAAGAUAAAUCCCAUAAGCUGCGUGAAGUUGAGUCCUUUAUUGAUUAUUUUAAAUCUAGGUGUCUUGCUUUGUACCAGCCCAGACAAAAUUUAGCUAUUGACGAGCGCAUGGUUAAGUCUCGCCACAGGUCUGGUAUACGUCAGUAUAUCAAAGACAAGCCCACCAGAUGGGGUAUUAAAUUGUGGGUAUUGGCUGACAGUUCAAAUGGUUACACUGUAGACUUCAAUGUCUACAUUGGUAAAGUCACUGGGCAGGAAACUAGUAAAUUUGGGUUAGGUUAUGAUGUAGUGAUGAAACUUAUAAGGCCUUUUCUAAAUCAGGGUUACCAUUUAUUUGUUGAUAACUUUUAUACAUCAGUCAAAUUGUUCAAAGAUUUGUUUGCUCAGGGAGUCCUUGCCACUGGUACCAUGCGGGAAACCAGGAGAGACUUUCCAGCUGCGCUCAAAAACAGUAAGGAAUGGGCUAAGGGGAAAGAAAGGGGUAGCAUGCGUUGGGAAAGAGAUCCUCCUUGUUUGGCACUUCAGUGGGUGGAUAACAAAGUAGUUUCAAUGUUAACAACUAUAGAUAGAGCUAAUGAUCAUGGUCUGGUCAACAGGAAAACAAAGACAGAUGGUGUGUGGAACACAAGGGAAGUAUCACAACCUAAAGUUAUAGAUAAUUACAAUAAGUUUAUGAGUGGGGUUGACCGAUCUGAUCAAAUUCUAACUACAAAUAGUGCACUACGUAAGUCCAUGAAGUGGUGGAAAACUUUGUUUUACCACCUAAUUGACAUGGCUGUAGUUAAUGGUUUUAUUCUUUUUAAAGAGCAUCAGGCUCAAUUUCCUGACGAUGAUGCUCUUAAAAGGCCCUCCCAUUAUUCUUUGGCUGAUUUCCGGGUAGAAAUUAUUAGACAAAUCUGUGGUUUCCCUGAUUAUGGUAGUCCACCUGCGAAUACCACAGUGGAAUCACCCCCUCCUGCCCCAGAGGAGUUUAUAUCUGUCCAUAUCCCAGUUUUCUCUAGUACUCAGAGACGCUGUGUGGUAUGUUAUAAAGAGGGUAGGGGAGAUUUUAGGGUUCGAUCCUAUUGUGAUGCCCCUCAAUGUCAGAAGUAUAUGCAUGUUAGUAAGGGUUGGGAUUGUUUUGCAGUGUUUCAUUCUAAGAAGUACCAUCACUAAAUUUUGGGUGUACCAUAUUUCCCAUACUUAGAACAUUUUGCUAAUAUUUUUUCCAAUGUUUUCAGAUAUUGUGUUUCUCAAAAAUAUCAAAAAAAAAA